GCUGGAAAAAUGGCAGCUGAUACUGCUAAAUACAGGAGUGCAGUGAGCAAAAACAAAGACCCCUCUGGUCUUCUCAUCUCUGUCAUAAGGACUCUGUCCAGCAGUGACGAUGUGGAGGACAGAGAGACGGAGAAGGGUCGGCUGGAAGAAGCCUUUGAGACAUGCGACAGGGAUUUAGAUAAACUGAUUGUUCAGCAUUAUGCAGAACUUACAACUGCCAUCCGGACCUACCAGAGCAUCACAGAACGCAUUACCAGUUCUCGCAACAAGAUCAAACAGGUGAAGGAGAACCUCCUGUCUUGUAAGAUGCUGCUUCACUGUAAAAGGGAUGAGUUGAGGAAGCUGUGGAUAGAAGGCAUCGAACACAAGCACGUGCUUCAGCUGCUGGAUGAAAUUGAAAGCAUUAAGCAGGUUCCUCAGCGCCUGGAGACCUAUAUGGCGAGCAAGCACUACCUUCAUGCCACGGACAUGUUGGUGACGGCGGUGGAGUCCCUGGAAGGCCCGUUGCUCCAGGUGGAAGGGCUGGGAGAUCUGCGGCUGGAGCUGCACAGCAAGAAGCUCAACAUGCACCUGGUGCUCAUCGACGAGCUGCACAGACACCUCUACAUCAAGUCCACGAGUCGCCUCGGACACAAAAACAAGGACAAAAAUGCUGCUCGCAUUCUAGGAUCCAUGACCAAAGACGCAUCUCCGAUGCCCGGGUUGGACAUCAGCAGCCUGUCGACCCCCCGCAAACUUUUGGAUUCAUCUCAGUUUAGCACCCCUGGAUCCAGCAGUGUGCGAGAGGAUGUCUGGGAACUCAACCAAGCAGAUCUUUCUGAGGUGGAUCCAGAGGAAAACAGCGCCGAGUUCAUGGGCAUUCUCAUCAAGGCUCUGGCCAAAUUGAAGAAACUUCCAGAGACCAUUAAAGCCAUAAUGGAUCGGCUGGAGCCGGAGCUGAAGCAGAUUGUCAAGAGGUCUACGACUCAGAUAGCUGACCACGCUUACCAGAGGGGGGAAAACCUGGCCCAGGAAAGCCAGCCCAGGCUGCUGCUGGAACUGCUGGAGCUGCUGUUUGAGAAGUUCAAGGCCGUGGCCCAGGCUCACAGCGUGGUGCUGGCCCACAUGCAGAAGAUCGCCACGCAGGGCCCGGGCCGGGCCCAGGAGGAGGAAGUCAAGCUGUACGAGCAGGCGGACGUCUCUGCCAAGAUCCAGGCCGUGCUGCAGGUCCUGCUCAUGGAGUAUCUGGACGUGAAGAACAGCCGCAGUGCCACCGAGCCGUCAGCUCAGCUCUCGUACGCCAGCACCGGCAGCGAGUUUGCUGCCUUUUUUGCAAAGAAAAAACCGCAACGUGCCAAGCAGUCGCUUUUCAAGUUUGAAUCAUCUUCCCAUGCCAUCAGCAUGAGUGCCUAUCUGAGAGAGCAGAGGCGGGAGCUGUACAGCAAGAGCGGAGAACUCCAAGGUGGUGCUGACGACAACCUGAUCGAAGGAGGGGAAAUGAAGUUUGUUUGUAAACCAGGAGCGAGAAACAUCACUGUUAUCUUCCAGCCACUUCUCAGAUUCAUUCAGGAGAUAGAGAUGAACAUGGGGCCGGGCCAAGCCAAGCAGUGCCAGCUCCGAGCUUUUCUCGCCUACUACAUCAACGACCUCUUCCUCAACCAGGUCAGGACAGAGAUCAACAAGGACAUCGAGGCCGUGAGUAAAACCGCCGACCCCUUGAAGAUCCUCGCGAGUGCUGACACCAUGAAGCUGCUGGGAGUCCAGAGGCCCGUGCUGCAGAGCACGGUGGUUGUGGAGAAGUCUAUCCAGGAUCUAAUGAGCCUGAUGCAGGACCUGAGUGCCUACUCCAACCAGUUCCUGGAGAUGGUCUGCGACAAGCUCAAAGAGUACAAGGAAAUCUGCAACACGGCCUACAGGGGUAUCGUCCAGUGUGAAGAAAAACUAACAAUCAGCGCUUCCUGGUCUAAAGACGAGGACAUCAGUCGCUUACUGCAGUCCCUGCCCAACUGGGCCAACAUGACCCAACCCCGACAGGCCCGGCAGAAGAGGGAGGAUGAGGAGGAUUUCACACGGGCCGCCUUUGCCAAGGAGUCGGAGGUUCUGACCGGGAACCUCGGGGACAAGCUGAUACCUCAGAACGAGAUCCUGCGGGACGUCAGCGACCUGAAGGCUCUGGCCAAUCUCCACGAGAGCAUGGAGUGGCUCGCCGGUCGUCUCAAGACGUUCUUCGCCAACCUACCUCAGGCCUCAACUGCUUCUCCGUGCUCGGCGGACAGCCAGGUGCUGGGCGAGAGCGAGCGGAGCCGGGAGCAGAUCCUGCAGACGCUCAGCGACCUGUCCCGGGGCUUCCAGGACAUCGCCGACCGCUGUCUGCUGGCGCUGCAUCUGGAGAUCAGGGUGCAUUGUUUCCAUUACCUGAUCCCCCUGACCAAGCAAGGGAAUUACGCGAUUGUGGCGAAUGUGGAGAGCAUGGACUACGACCCCCUGGUGGUGAAACUGAACAAGGACAUCUCUGCGAUAGAGGAGGCGAUGGGAGCCGCCUUGCAGCAGCACAAGUUCCAGUACAUAUUUGAAGGGCUCGGUCAUCUGAUCUCCUGUAUUCUGAUCAACGGGGCUCAGUACUUCAAGAGGAUCAGCGAGUCUGGGAUCAAGAAGAUGUGCAGGAACAUCUUUGUCCUCCAGCAGAACCUGACCAACAUCACCAUGUCCAGGGAGGCCGACCUCGACUUCGCCAGGCAGUACUACGAGAUGCUGUACAACACGGCGGACGAGCUGCUGAACCUGGUGGUGGACCAGGGCGUCCGCUACACGGAGCUGGAGUACAUCAACGCCCUGUCGCUGCUGCACCGCAGCCAGACCGGCGUGGGAGACUCCAGCACCCAGAACACGCGGCUGCAGCGGCUGAAGGAAAUCAUCUGUGAGCAGGCCGCCAUCAAACAGGCCACCAAGGACAAGAAGAUCACCACGGUGUAGAGGAGGGUGGAAACGGCUGGAAUAACGGAGUUAUUGUCCCAUCA